UUGGAAGCAUUACAGUUGUCCUCACUGCCUGUGCCUGACAUGAGUUGUAUAUGGAAGGGUCUCGUGCUGAGGCAUUUGACUACUUUGGUGGUGAGGAAAUGCGAGAGACUGACGCAUGUAUUUACAGGCAACAUGAUUGCUAGUCUGGUUCAACUAGAAGUUCUAGAGAUAUCAACUUGUGAUGAAUUGGAGCAAAUCAUAGCUAAGGAUAUUGAUGAUGGAAAUGAUCAAAUAUUGUCAGGAAGUGAUCUCCAAUCUUUAUGCUUCCCCAAUUUGUGUCGAAUUGAGAUCAAUGUAUGCAACAAGUUAACGAGUCUCUUCCCAAUAGCCAUGGCUUCAGGUCUCCCGAAGCUCCAAAUACUUAGAGUAAGCCAAUCCUCUCAACUACUGGGAGUAUUUGGGCAGGAUGAUCAUGCUUCACCUGUCAAUGUUGAGGAGGGGAUGGUGCUCCCUGAACUGCAGGAGCUGUAUCUAGAACAAUUACCGAGGAUUGUCUACUUCAGUCUUGGAUGUUAUCAAUUCUUAUUCCCUCGACUGGAGAUGUUGAAGAUGCAUCAAUGUCCAAAGCUGACCACAAAAUUUGCUACUACAACAAAUGGUUCAAUGAGUGCUCAAUCAGAGGUAUCUCAAGUAGCUGGGGGUUCAAGCAUUGGUCGCUCCGUGCCAACCAACACUCGUAGAAUGUGGACCCGAAAUAAUGGGUGGGAGGACGAGGACGAGGAGGACGAAGACGAGGACGAGGCCGAGGCCAUAAUAAGAUUUAUUCGUUUUCUACUUGAUGAUGAUAGGGUGGCUGGUUACCUCGUCAUGCGAUGAUUUCACGGAGAAUCAUGUCUUUGAGCGGUGGUGCUGCGAGUAUUCUUUUAAUUCGUGGAAGUAAUUUCAACUGUUUCAUUGG